AAUUCGGGGAAUCCGCUCUUCUGGGAAAGAUGCCUGAAAAUUUAUGGUGUCGCCGAGGUCAGGUUUCCAAUGGCAGAGGAAGCGUUGGCUGAGAGGAGUGAUGUGGCGAGGGUGUGUGGAACCACUGACACCAGGAGGAACGUUGGUGAUGAGAGUGGAGCUUUGAUCCUGGCAGUGAAUCCUCAGAGCUGCCACUCGGUGAAGUGAAACACCUGUAGAAGGUGAUCUUGUUGUCCAACCUGGGACCCUCCACCUACUCCAGAUCACUCUGGAGUCUGUGAGCUCCAGGUUCUCUGGUACCUGAUGGAGUCUCCCUUUCAAGCUGGAAGUCGAGUUGAAGGCGUCGGUGCUGAGUUCAGUGAUGGAAAACACCAACUCAGAAAGACGUAGAUAAAGAAGAAGAACCGAGGUGUUGUGGCGCUGCUGUGGAGACUGUUAUCUCACGCUCAGGUGCAGCGGGGCCCAGGAAGUCUGGUCACACCAUCAAAGUCACAUUUCUGCUCUUGUGUAACGUCUUGGAACCACCCUUUGGAGCAGGGUUUAUUCCAGCGCUGGAGAUAGCAGAGGCUGGCGGCCUGGACCUGGGUCUACAGUCCUACAGUCUCGACUGAGAAGGUCCAGAUGCCAGUGAGGUUUGAGCAGGCGAUGAGAGGGGCCCACUUGCUGUUGGCCUCGGGGCCCUCAUGAGUGCUGCUGUAGAGCAUCGUCUUCUGUAAGAGGAGGACCAGGCCCUGAGUGGAAGACAUCAACCCCAACACCUCCCUGCAGGAUGGAGAGUUGAGAGUGUUGACGCCGUACCACCACCUCUCUGUGUCCAUGAGUUCCCUGAGGUCAGGCUCGGAAGGUCGCUCCCUGUGGGACUCGAACCCCCGACUCAGUGACGUGAGGCUCAAUACCUCUCCCUCGAGGUUCUGCCCAUGAGCAAGGCGCCUGCUCAGCAGCGCCCCCACCCCAGACAGCAUCAACACAGAAUACGUGAAUAUGAACUCUGAAGCUCUGUCUGUUCCUCCUUCCUUUGUUCUCUGCUGGUGAAGCAACAUCAACUGGAGAUCUGAUGUUGUUCUUCUGCGUCACGAGUCUGGUGACGGAUGGUCUGUCGGAGACGCAUGACGCGGCGCCGGCACCUCCCUCUAAUCUCUGCCCGUGUGACCUCUCAGAGCGACCCCUCGCAUUCCUCAGGCCUCCUCCUUGAUAGCAGCUGAUGAAGAGAGGAGCCGGUCGCCGUCGUGCUGUUGGCAAGGCCAUCGGCGCGUUGCCGCGGCGCCGGCUGCUGCGAUGCGGGGAGAACGAGCCCUCCGACAGUGACAGAAACGGAUCAGAUCCGGUGCAGGAAUGUCGCACCUUGUUGAGGAGCUGGACACUCUUGGCUGCACCAGUACUGGAGUCGAUUUGGGCUCCACUGAAGGUCCAGCUGGACAGAUAAGAGGCGGAGUCGAUCACUUCUGAUCUCUCCAUGAACACAGUACAAGGUUCAGUGGUGGGUGACGACGGAGGGGGGGGAGUUGAACCCAAGACCUGAGGGUUCGGCAUCUGCUGCAGGAGGCUCACCACCAGUGGUUUUCAUCUUGCAGAAGACACCUUUUCUUCAGGAAAGUCUUUCAUCACACACCUACACACUCGCACCGCUGUCCUUGUGGGGACCUCAUCACCCUUUCCCCAGCCUCUCCCCCCUCAACCUAACCAUCCAUCACCUCUGAACCAUUGAGUCUAAUGGUCCCCACAAGUGCAGCUGAAGAAGGUUCACAGGUUGGAUCACGUGAUGAACACACCUCCUCUCUCUGCCUGUGAAUAUCACACUCACCAGUGUCUUUCAUGUUGAGCAUCUGUUGGAGUAGCAGAACACGGCUCUCCUCUGGGUGAGGAGCCAGGGUUCAGCCGUGUGUGUGUGUGUAGUGAAACCCACUGAAGUGGCUCCUGGAGUCGGGUCCUGGGGCCGGUGGUGCAGCGGACGCUGCAGCCAGCUGAAGCUGCUGACGUGGCGGAGCUGAUGCUAUCGGUCUGUGCCAGGCUUCCUGGAGCCGCUGCACAUGAACCGACUGACGUGGCUCCUCGUGUGGCGUCGCCUUCAGCGGCUGCAACCAGUCACCGGGAACUCACCUCAGUCUGGUGUGAGCCUGUCACAUGCAGCUGCGCAUGGAGCAAAACAGAGCAAGAAAGGACAGAUGAUAGCAAAGACAGAGAAAGGAGGAAGGAAAGGAACCGUAGCCGACCCUGAACACAGCGUAACUAGCACAACAUCGGGAUCAAAAACGGAGGAGGCGGCCGUGAAAACUGAACCAGAGAGGCCGACGUGAGGACGUUCUCACGCCCGUCACCUGACAGCAGAGGUGGGACCACAGGACACACAAGCUGCUCAGAUGGGUCUCUAUCUUCUCUUGAGCUGAGUGCUCGAUGACGGCCUCGCUGCCUUGCCUUGUGACUACAUUCCAAGGUCCUGCUGCACCAAGUCAUCUCCUGCAGCGGCGCGUAGCAGGGUUUGUUUUGGUCAGAACAUUUCAGGCUUCUCCUGAACUGUCAUCGUCCUCAACACGCUUCCUUCAGCAGGAUCUGGGGAUUAAACACCCAAGUUUCUGAAUAAAAGUAUUUUCUUUGCAUCACACGGACGAUAGAUGUGGAGUAUCUGAAGUACAGAGUCGGGCUUUUGGUCACCGGUGUGAGCCUCGACUAGCUUAGCAACCAUGCUAACAGUUGCUAAUGUGGAGCUAAUGUCGUCUCCUGAAAGCAACACGUCAGGUCUCCUUGUGAGAACCAAGGAUCCAAACCACCUGAGUGAAGGAAGGUGAAGACACAUCUGCAGAUCAUGGUGGUGGCCAGUUCCACCACACAGCUGAUAUCAGCAUGUGGAAGGGCCUGAACGUCAACUGCACCGACAGCUCGGGAUACACGCCGCUGCACCACGCCGCGCUCAACGGACACAGAGAUGUGGUGCUCAAGCUCAUCCAGUUUGAGGCGUCCACCAACGUGGCCGACAGCAAGGGCUGUUUCCCGCUGCACCUGGCGGCCUGGAGGGGCGACGUGGACAUCGUGCGAAUCCUCAUCCACCACGGACCCUCGCACUGCCGAGUCAACCAGCAGAACCACGAGAUGGAAACGGCUCUCCACUGCGCGGCCCAGUACGGCCACUCGGAGGUGGUGUCGGUGCUGCUGCAGGAGCUGACGGACCCCACCAUGAGGAACAGUCGGCAGGAGACGCCGCUGGACCUGGCUGCUCUCUACGGUCGUCUGCAGGUGGUGUGCAUGUUGGUCGACGCCCACCCCAACCUCAUGACCUGCCACACUCGGCGACACACCGCGCUGCACCUGGCCGCACGCAACGGCCACUACAGCACUGUCCAGACGCUGCUGGAGGCGGGAAUGGACGUCAACUGCCUGACAGAGAACGGCAGCGCGCUGCACGAGGCUGCCCUCUACGGCAAGAUGGACGUCGUCCGACUGCUGCUAGAAUCAGGGAUCGACACCAGUCUGAAGGAUUGUCAGGGGAGAACCGCUCUGGAGAUCCUCCGAGAACAUCCUGCCCCCAAGUCGCAGCAGAUCACCGCUCUCAUCCAAGAGCACGUGACGGAGGAGCAGGAGAGGCGCAGCGUCAUGGAGGAGCCGGUCCGCAAGUGUCCGGUACCUGCCCCCAGAACCUCCAUCUCCUCACCGUCUGCCUCCCCGUCCCUCAGGCACAAGAAUGACGCGGUGACCAGUGAGCUCUCCAAACUGCUCCAUGAGAUCAAGAAGUGCCGAGACAGAGACUACUCCUUCGAGGAGCUCUGCCACACCAUCUCCUCUCACUCCAUGGACAGCUUCGGCAGUGGAAGACUGUCGGACGAGGAGCGUCCCGAUCGACCCAAUGGCACUCUGACCCGGGUCAGCAAGCAGCCGACUCCGCCUCUGGCAGCUGCUGGAGAGGAGGAGGAGAUGGAGAAGAGCUGCGGACCCACCGGGUUCUGGGAAGCUUUAACGCCCUGCAACGGCUGCCAUCACCUUGGAUUCUCCAGCCUGUCUGAGGACUCGAAGCGCUCUGUGGAGAUAUUAAAGUCACCAUCGCUGGACGUCUUCCUGCCGGAGGACGAGGACAACCCGUAUGAGUCAGUGACCACCGCCGUCACCCACAAACCCUGCUCACUGGACAUCAACCAGAGGAUCAGCACCUGUCCACGCACCGGUCACUUGUCCCAUGCAGCAUCGAGUGAAGCGGAGCUUGGUAACCAUGGCAACAGUUCAACAGGCCCCACUCCAGACUGCUCGCCCCCCUCCCCUGACACAGCCCUGAAGAACAUCGAAAGAGUUAUCCGCCCACAGCCGAAACAAAGGACCUCCUUGUCCUCCUCCCUGGACGUCCAGAGGCCGGUCAACCACAGCUGCGAGCCCAGUGAGGUGAGCUCGUCGCUGGGCUACGCUAGCUUCGGCACCAGCCCCCCAGCCAGCCCCCCUCUGAGCCCCAACCAAGAGGACUCUGCCGGCUCCAACGACGACUGCCAGCUCACUGACGACGGGCCGUACCAGCGAGAUCCACCCGCACUCCGCUCCUCCUCCACCUCCAGUAGUCUUCAGGAGGAGCGCAGGAAGAGCCACAUCCCUGAGGAGUUUGUCGGCCUGCUGCAUGGAUCCUCCCCCGCAUGUGAAACACCAGACACCCCGUACCAAAUCUACUGCGCCAAACCCCGCAAGUAUGCUUCUGCAUGUGUCCAGAGCAGCCGCCGCCAGACCCCGGACCUGCGUGUCGUGAUUGAAGGAGGACCAACUCGGGUCAGCUCCAGCUUGGAGACAAGAUCGUCCAAGGACUCUGACAAGCCCCAAGUUGUCUACAGAACUGUACUGCAAACCCGGGUGAACCAGGACCAGGCGGCGUCCACACACAGCGAGGUGGUGGUUCUACAGAGUGGGUGGCCAACCGUCGGCGGCUCGCCACUCUCCUCUUCCGGUUACAACGGAGAGCUUUGUGAAGGUCAACCAGGCAACGCCAAGGACGGCACCAGCUUCGAGGACAGGGCUUGUACUCUGGGGAGGAUGAGGUCGAUGCCCCGCAGUGUUCUGGACCUGCAGCUUUCCAAGUCGCUCUCCAAGUCCGACUCUAACCUGGUGGCCGUGUCGCCCAUUCAGGAGGAACACAGUUGGGGCUCUGGAUCUCGAGGCCAGGGUCCCAGCAGUCCAAGCCCAGGUGAAGGUGCGAGUCCGGGUGGAAGACUGGAGAGAACCCCGUCCUUCACAGCAGAGUGGGAAGAGAUUGACAAGAUCAUGAGCUCCAUCGGAGCUGGGAUCGGAACCGGCCUGGACAUGAAGGAGAACGCUGCAGGUCCCCGCUGCCCGAUGCAGUCCGUGGGUCAGUGGCUCGACUCCAUCGGCUUGGUCCAGUAUGAGAACCACCUGCUGGCUAACGGCUUUGACAACGUGCAGUUCAUGGGCAGCAAUGUGGUCGAGGACCAGGAUCUACUGGAGAUCGGGAUUCUCAACUCGGCCCACAGACAGCGCCUCCUGCAGGCCAUACGGCUGCUGCCCAGGGUGCGGCCCAUUGGCUACGAUGGCAACAACCCCACGUCGGUGGCCGAGUGGCUGGAGUCCCUGGAGCUGGGCGACUACACCAAGUCCUUCCUCAUCAACGGCUACACAUCCAUGGAGCUGGUCAAGAAGAUCUGGGAGAUCGAGCUCAUCAACGUGUUGAAGAUCAGCCUCAUCGGACAUAGGAAACGGAUCUUGGCCUCACUGGGGGACCGGCUACACGACGACACGCCACAAAAGCCUCCAAGAGCCAUUUCGUUAAGGGAGCCUGGCGGGAACCACACGCCCCCUCAGCUGAGCCCCUCGGUCGGCCAGGCGGCGUACACGGCGGGCGUCCCGGGCGGCUCGCUGGACGUGCAGCACCUCAUCAUGCAGGCGGACGCUCGGCGCAGGCAGCGCAGCAACGACAACUACUUCGACGACGUGCCACGGUCCAAGCUGGAGCGGCAGAUGGCCCAAGUCAGCAUGGCCGGGGAGUGGUGUGAGCCCAUCACACUGCGUCCGCCCAACGAGGCCACGUCGUCCACCCCGGUGCAGUACUGGCAGCACCAUCCCGAGAAGCUCAUCUUUCAGUCCUGCGACUACGAAGCCUACUACCUGGGCUCCAUGCUGGUGAAGGAGCUGAGGGGGACCGAGUCGACGCAGGACGCCUGUGCCAAGAUGAGGAAGUCCACGGAACAGAUGAAGAAAGUGCCGACCAUCAUCCUGUCUGUGUCCUACAAAGGAGUCAAGUUCAUCGACGCCACCAACAAGAACAUCAUCGCAGAGCACGAGAUCCGGAACAUCUCGUGUGCGGCUCAGGAUCCAGAUGACCUGUCGACCUUUGCCUACAUCACCAAAGACCUCAAGUCCAGUCACCACUACUGCCACGUCUUCACUGCUUUUGAUGUGAACUUGGCGUACGAGAUCAUCCUGACGCUGGGCCAAGCCUUCGAGGUGGCCUACCAGCUGGCCCUGCAGGCCAGGAAGAGCGGCCACGGCUCCUCCACGCUGCCGGAGAGUUUCGACAGCAAGCCUGGCAAGCCGGUGCCCAAACCCCGGAUCAACAUCCGAAAAUCUAUGGAGCAGCCGUCCAUGGACCAGAAGGGCCACGCCAACGUGCCGUGGAUUGUGGAGCCGGGUCAGGAGGCCAAGAGAGGAGUCAACACAAAGGCAGUGGCGGACGCUCAUGUCUAUUACUGUGGAUUACAGAGAAUGUAGCCAGCCCUAAACACGGACCUUGUCCAACAUACAAUGCAAAAACUGAAGGAGCGUCGCGUUCGCUUUCGAAAGAACUACAAACAUGGACGCUACCGGACGGUGUUUAAGGUUGACUACCGUGUUUUCCCGCCACAGUAGACGCUCACACAGCCAGCAGGAGGUGCUUUGAAUGUAAAUGUGACCCCGGCGCCGCCCGCCCCGCGCCGGGCCGGGUCGCCCCCCGAGGGCCGGCAGGUGACCCCGCUGAAUCGGCAUGGAUUUUAGGACUUCAUUUUUAGCUUUUUUUUUUUUUUCUUUCCAGUCAGAAAAGAUAUAUGCACAAGCGUGUCGCUGCGGCAACGCGCUCGCGAUGCAGGCGUCGCCCUCCAGGGGGCGUCUCAUCUGAGGGUGGAAAAAGAACAAGCUUUCUCUUGGUAUUGCCAGACAUUUUAACGUUGACUAUGAGAGUAUUCUAUGACCAUGAUUCUUCUUGUGCAAUUCUCGUCCGAUGUCGUCUUUACGUCACAUUAUUUUUCUAUGGUCUGUUGAAGUGGGGGACCCUCCGCCACCUCUCAAGGCGCUCGGCUCUUGGCUAGCAGAAGUACUAUUUUAACAGCGGUGUAACUGUAUGAUUUGCGGCUCUGUACAUAGUUCUGUUGCUCAUACGUGUGGAGGCGCGAGGCCUCGGCGCUUCCUGCCACUGGAAACGAACAAAGGUACCGUGUGUGAAGAAGAGCGCCGGACUGUGUGUGCAGUCAGAGCUGCACUGGUGACAUCACUGCUGAGCGACUCAUGUACAUAGGCUUGGGGCUUCCAGCACACUGAUUUUGUAAUUUUUGCCGUUCGGCCUAUUUAUAUCCUUGUAAAGCACAUGAAAUAAAAGACUUCUACAACCGA